CAUUCCAUGCCUUUUUUGACAGCAACAAAGAAUUCUUGCACGAGACAACAGGAGAAAAACAGUAAAAAUAAUCAGGUGUGAAACGAAAAAAAAAUCGCAGCAAGCAGAAACGCAAGGAAAAGCCAUUUCGUCAUUGCAUCCGGUUCUUGCUUCGAGCUCCGGCGAACGUUUCGGCGGACUUUCGUGCAGAGCCACGGGUUGAGAUAAAAACAAUCUUCGGGAGCGCCAGCACUGCACUACGCAACACUUGUAAUCAUGUCCGGAGUGAAUUUAACACGCAACGAAGUGGUGCAGUUUGUUCUACGUAUUUCGCUGCUAUCAAUCGUCACCUAUUACUCGGCGAAAUGGUUGAUUCGCAAUCUGGAUCCCUCCAACAAGAGCAAAAAGAAAGCCAUCGAACACGCGGAGGACAUUCUGAGAAAGUUGAGCCCUAGUAUGAAAAAAUCAGCGCUACAAAACCUAAACGAGUAUGAAAUGGUCAUUGCAUCACAUUUGGUAGUGCCGGAGAAUAUUGCCGAAAGUUGGGACAGCAUUGCUGGACUUGAUGAAGUAUGCCAGGAAAUUAAGGAAAGUCUCGUGUUUCCAGUGUGUCACCGUGAUAUGUUUGCAGGAUCGGCACUCUACCAGCCGCCAAAAGGCGUGCUACUAUACGGUCCACCUGGUUGCGGUAAAACGCUGAUUGCCAAGGCAACAGCAAAGGAAGCUGGUAUGCGUUUUAUCAAUCUCGAUGUUGCUAUGCUGACGGACAAGUGGUACGGCGAAUCACAGAAGCUGGCAUCGGCUGUGUUUACAUUGGCAGUUAAAAUUCAACCUUGCAUCAUCUUCAUCGACGAAAUCGAUUCGUUCCUGCGUGCUAGAAACUCUUCCGAUCACGAAGCGACGGCCAUGAUGAAAACGCAGUUUAUGAUGCUUUGGGAUGGGCUUAAUACGGAAUCCGACUCAACCAUCAUCGUGAUGGGUGCCACCAAUCGUCCGCAGGAUCUUGACAAAGCCAUUCUACGCCGUAUGCCAGCCCAGUUUCACAUUGGCCUUCCAAGUGAGGAGCAAAGGCAGAAAAUUUUGCGACUUAUUUUGCAAAACGAAAAAGUUGCUCCGGAGGUGGACUAUGCCGACCUAGCGCGCAAAACUAAUGGUUACUCCGGUUCGGAUCUGAAAGAAAUUUGUCGCAAUGCUUCGGUUCAUCGGGUGCGCAAUUUGAUGAAAAACAAGGAAAUGAUGAAUGCGGUACGUGCGGCAGCAAACAAGGCACAAGAAAACGGAACGGCUAGUGGUUCACUACCGAACGGAUGUAACGGUGUGGUACAGAAUGGGGGAGUAGACUUCGGUACGCCGGCCAUUACGAUGGAAGACCUUGUGGAGUCAUUGCGUAGUAUGAAACACUCAAAGUAUACGACCGGAGUGUUGAAUGAUGCUAGAAUCGAUUUGGAUUGAAGUGGUCGAUUCGGAUUGUUUCCCGGCAGGCAGUAGAUUAAGAUAAGCCCAAAAGCAUGUAGGAUGUAGUAGCAUCGAUAUGAUAGUAACUGGAAUAUGAGCUAACAGUAAAUAAUAACAUUGAUAGCUUUCCAGUGGCUUUUAUCGGAAAAAGAUACAGCAGAAAAAAAAGGCAAAACAUGUAAUUCAUACCAAAAUGAACGCUAAAUUCUCAGUUGUUAGUAACGUGAAGUCGUCGAAUAGAAAUUGCAAAAAUGUUGGUGUUUUCUCUGUGGCUCCAGGGUCAGUACAGUUAUUAGAAGCUACCAUUUUAAGCGAGAUAAGCGUGUCGAUGCAAAACUAACCAAUAGCUAGUGGCAGUGUGUCAGUUUAUCUUGUAUUUAUCCUUCAUAGGAAAUGUUGAAUUUACGAUUGUUGUUCGCAAACUAUUAAAUGUAAACACGUUUGAACGUAACUGUAAUGCACACGCAAAUCGACUCCGUCAAAACGGCUGAAAACGGAAUUAGUAUAUACGCAAAAUGUAGCUGACAUAUUAGAAGGAAACGCAUGGAUUUAGAAAUAGAACGCUGCGCUACCAUUGCUUCGCCUGUAAAUGGGUAGUAAUAAUGCUUAGAAUACUACCAGUGUUCUGUAAGGGUUAGUGGUUCGUUUGAUACAGUUGUUGUUUUAUUAUUUGCAGUUUGCCUUAUUUUCAAAAAAACACCGUGUGAUUUUUUCCCCCACUUCCUUCGCCUCGAUUGGCGAUUCCGUUUGAUGGCAUCUUAAUAUGUAGGUUAGCGUAAGUUGUAAUUCGAUAACCAGUUGUAGAUAUUUUCAGUUUAAGGCGAUGGCGUAAGAAAGAAGUACACAGAAGUCAAUAUUUAAAAAUGGAAUAAAACUUUACUGGAAAAUA